AUGCGUCCCCUCACAGAACCAGAGACUAAAGUCCUCUUCGAGAAACUCGCUACAUACUGCGGAAAAGGUAUAUCGAACCUCAUUGCCGACCCAACUGGCGGCAACGAUCGCAAUGUCUUCCGCGUACAGGGCUCCCGCUGCUACUACGUGCGCGAAUCCCUCGCCAACCUCGCCACAAGCGUCGCCCGCGACAACCUCCUCAGUCUAGGAAUCUGCCUGGGGAAAUUCACAAAAACAGGAAAAUUCCGCCUCCAUAUCACCGCGCUCAGUGUAAUCGCCCCGCACGCCCGCUACAAGGUCUGGGUUAAGCAGAAUGGCGAGAUGCCAUUUUUGUACGGCGGCAAUGUGUUGAAGGCGCACGUGGGGAGGUGGAGCGAGGACUGUCCUGAACAUCAGGGUGUUGUGGUGUUGAGUAUGAAUGAUACACCGCUGGGAUUCGGAGUAAGUGCGAGAUCGACGGCUGAGGCGCGCAAGUUGGAUCCUACGGGUAUUGUGACGUUUAGACAAGCGGAUAUUGGCGAGUAUCUGAGAGAGGAAGAUACCUUGUUUACGACUUGA